AUGACCACUUUGCUUCAACCACAGACGAACGAUGUCUUUUCCAACAUUUCGAACGGGCUGCCAAACCUCGAUGAAUCAUCACAGCUCUGGCUCAGUCCACUGAAUAUAUCCCAGGACGGCAAGGAUUCCUUGAUCCAAAGCCUGCGGGAACAAAAUGUGAAGACCGAACAGGAUCUACGCGCAAUGCAGGAAACAGGGCCUCAAGGGAGCCCCGCCCGAAAGCCCCGCCGAUCCUCGAAACCCUACGUGUCACGAGAGAAUGUGAGCCCCGAACGCGCCAGGCAUCUCGAACGGAACCGCAUUGCCGCCAACAAGUGUCGCAUCAAGAAGAAGAAGGAGCACGAACACAUUCAAAGCAUCCUGCACAGUGAAACCGCAAAACGCCAGACCCUCAUGGCCGAAGUGAACGUCCUGAAAGAAGAGGUCUGGCAGCUCAAAAACCAGAUGUUUGAACAUGCGGAUUGCGACGACCAGCGGAUCAAUCUACAGCUUGCUAUGAUGACACAAAACAUGCUUGGAGCGAAUACCGACCCCAUUAAGUGCCCAUCGCCGACCUUUUCGCUUAGUACAUGGUCCGACGGGUCCGUGGGGGAUGGAGAUGGGGAUAGAGGUGGGAUGGAGUCGGGCGCCGUGCAAAAUGUCGCGCGUACCGUACCCGACCUCCAGGAUGGACUGUUUGAGAGUUUCAUCGAUGUGCCCAACGUGUAA